CUCUCCCUCUCCGUCUUUCUCUAUUAGUGUAGCUUAUUGUCCUCUGUAGUUGUGGCUGGACGUCGAGCGCUGUGUGCGCCACUCCUCAUCUCUAAAUCUUCUCUAUUUUAGAUCGAUCCUUCUGCUUUGCUGUCUGUUGAUUUCUCCCAAGGCAGGAAGGCGAGGGAGAAAGAGAGAGGGAGGGAGAUGGGGUUGCACCUGCACUUGCCGCACAAGAUCAUGGCGGGGCAUGGGAGGAGGAGAGGGGAGGAGGAGGAGGGGAUAAGGAAGGGGUGGAUGGGAAUAAGGGUGGGCGGGGAGGGGGAGGAGCGGCAGCGGUUCGUGGUGCCGGUGGACUACCUGAGCCACCCCCUCUUCGUGGGGCUGCUCAAGGAGGCGGAGGAGGAGUACGGCUUCAACCACCAGGGCGCCAUCACCAUCCCCUGCCACGUCGAGCACUUCCGCCGCGUCCAGGACAUCAUCGACCGCGACUGCAACUCCGUCGCCGCCGGUCACCACCACCAUGGCCACCAUCAUCACCACCACCACCACUUUCACCUUUGUUUCAGGGCUUGAAUGAACCCAUAACCCUAACCCUAACCACAGCCGGUGACGGGUGGGGUGUCUAUAUCGGAGAUGUAAAGUAUUGAUUCCAAGAGAAUCUUACCAUUCUUAUUGCUGUCGAUUAAGAAUUAAGAUUUGGUGCUCUACUUUUCCUUCUAUUU